GUGACACGUUCACUAAAAAAAAAUCCUUUUGUAGCGAAUCAUUUAUUAAGAAAAAUAAAUACACUUAACACAAAAGCAGAAAAAGAAAUAAUAGUAACCUGGUCCCGAGCGUCUACCAUUAUACCUACAAUGAUCGGGCAUACUAUUGCUAUCCAUAAUGGAAAGGAGCAUUUGCCUAUUUAG